GUUUACAUGUUGUGCCAAAAACAAAAAAGAGUCGCAAAAAGUCAAAUUUUUUUACAAAUUCUAAUUUUUGCAACAUAAUUUUAAUAACUGAAAAUAUCAUAUAAAAUUUUACACAACAAAAUACAAAUGCGUGAUUUAUUCAAAACAUUAGAUAAAUUAAAAACUGAAACAGCCAUGGAAUACUGUGAUGAAUUUGAUGGCAUCAAGUCCAUACUGGAAUAUUGCAACAAACAAUUAAAACCCUUUAAUAAAUUACAUUUUCGAGGAGGUAAUGAAUCGUUUAUUAAUGAAUUGGUAAGACGUCUGCAAGAGUAUUUUGUGCAACGAGAAUUGGUGGACAAUGAAAACAAAACACCUUUGCCGGAUAUGGCAAAAAUACAAAAAUUAAGAAAAAUUUUAAUGUUUCUAAUGCUAAACACAGAUGCUACUUUUAAAUACAAUCUGAAAGAUGACCCCGAACUGGUACAUGUAUUGGAGAUUUGUCCAUUAAUGCCCAAGUUUCUGUUGGUCACCUUGGUGUGGGAAUUACAUUUAGAUCAAUUCUUCAAUGAAAUGUUAUCCUAUGCACCUUGUUGGUUUACCUUUCAAUAUUUUGAGCCGGCCACAGAUUCUCUAAAGUACAUCGAUGAUGCAUUUGAAGUUUUAGAUAAAGUUGGGGCGUUACUAAAAUCGAUAUUUAUAUCCAUAACACGUUCGGAACUAAGGCUAAUGGACAAUGUGGAUACACGUAUUAUACAUAAUAAACUUUAUGAUUAUGCUAUGAAUUUAUUACGUUUAUUUUAUACGCCCGAUUCCGAAAAAUUUAAAAACUUUACCAAGAAACAAUCAUAUAAAUAUGCAGGAUUUGCUUUAAAACAUUUGCUAGAAUUGGUAUUGUACUCAUUUGAUGUGUAUGAGAAUGAUGAAAAAUCCAAUCCAGCAGAAGAUUGGCGGGAAUACAAUGUAUGUAACCAGUUGCUAAAGAAAUCCGAAGUUGGUAAAGAAACGAAACAUUUAAAGGAACAGCAAUUAAAGAUAAUUGCUGCCUUGCUAAAUGCUCUACAAACUCAAGUGAUGUUGGUUAAAAUCGACAUUUUUAUAUACUGGGUAGAAAUUGAUUUAAACGACAAGGAAAAUCUUCAAGAAGUUAUAGGUACAAUGGCUUUUAGAGUGGGCGAGAGAAUGAUCAGCAAUAAAACAUUUGGCCAUGAUGUACAACAGCAACUGAAGGUCAUUGAAAUACGCCCUAAAACAUUGGAAGAAAUGACACGUGAUGCCACAAUUGGGGAUAUUUUGAACACACUGGAUAAUGGUGAAAUAGAUUACAACAUUAAGAAGUUAUGGUUUAACGAAUUGCUUAAUCGCACUGUGGCUCUAGGCAAUGAGGAAUGUUUGCAGUCUAUUAAACAAAAUAUUAAGUUAAUGACCGUUGAACAUUGUUUGCAAAUAUUGGACUUUAUCAAACUAGAAAUCCUGCGCAAUCAUCAUGAAAAUCAAAUUGAUUCUGUAGAAGAUAUAAAACCAAAUAUGGAUAGCAUGGAUAUAGAUCCAGAGGACUAUGAGGAGUUAAGCGAAUUGAUUUUAAAGGCAUUAGAAAACUACAAUACCGAACAAUUACUAGAAGUGCUUAACUAUCAAGGUAAAUUGUAUGGCUUUAACACAUCACUAUUUGCACGGCCAGAAAUUUCAUCUAGGGUUACGGAAUUUCUUAAUAAAUAUAAUGGUGGCAGCUCAACAUUUGAUGUUCAACAAUUUCUUAUACUGUCUUUUGAAAAUGCCGAAAUGACUUGGCAAAAGUUCUUUGAUAUGGCUUGUCAUAAUCUGGCCCUUAUUACCAACUAUUGCAUUACCGUCAAACAAUGCAGACCUUUGUCGAAUAAUUACUUUAUACCACGUUUAUUGGCGGCUUUUAAUGAAUUGCCCAGCCUAGAGCAACGUUACUUUCCCGCUCUAUUGUGUGAAAUCUAUUUUACUCUCUACUAUCCCGACAAUAAGACAGAGUUUCUUAAGCAAGUUAUACAUAAACAUGUGAAUCAGUAUUUGGAUCAUCAACAAUUUGAUCAUCUAUUGCCGUUGGCUAAAUGUUUGAACAUAAUUGGCUCCUAUGGUGAAUCUCAAUCAAAUAAACCUUUGAAUUUUGGUGAAAUUACUGCUCCCGUACUAUUAAUGGCUGCUCAGAUUAUGGAUAAAGCCCGGUGGGAUUUAAUAACAUAUUCGGAUGUAAGGGAUGAAAUUGUACGAGAAUGUAUACAAUUUAUUCAGAAAACAUCAAAGAAGUUUUUACCAAAUGCCACAGAAAAAGAUCGCAAAUGGAUAACUAAAGUUAUAAAGGACUCAUACAAGCCACUAACUCAGUAUUACUUUCAGAAAUAUUCCUUAACACCUGAUCAAAUACCCAUAGAGUUUGAUAGAUUUUUAAUACGUCUUGAUAUUGAAGACAAAUCUGAAGCUGAAAUGUUUCUAAUCAUAAACUAUGUACGCUGCACCAUGAAAGAAACUGAAUGGCUGGCACGCAGUGAACGUCUUUUACCUCAUAUCUCUGAUGUUAUGAUCAUUUUAAGCGGAGUCGUCAAUGAGACCGAAAAUCCAAAUUCUAUUAACAAUUAUCGCCAUUGCUUGUCAAACUAUGCGAAUAUCGUACAAAAAUUUCUUUUGCCACAAAUUGAAGAUGAAAACAAGAAAAUUGAGAAAUUAGAAAUCAAAGUAUUGAAAAUCAUUUCAUCGGCACCUGAACAAAUCUAUGAAGAAACAUUUAUGAGUUUCGAAUCUUUGCUGCUGGAGAUUAUGAAGAAAUGUGGGCGCCCUUUGGAGGAAAAUAUAACAAAAAAUAUUCGUAAAUUUGUGGAGAACAUGAAGGAGUGUAGCGCAAAACAUAUAUUUUUGGAUAAAUUUCAAGGGCUAAUAACUGAAUUGGCUUAAGAAUCGAUUAAUAAUUACAAACGGGAUAGAAAGUAGUAAUUAACAUUCCUAUGUGAAAAAUUGCUUUGUUUUUUUAUAUUUUGAUGAAUUUUGCGUUUGUUUUACUUUUAUAAUAAAGUACUGGAAGUAGUUUUUUUGUUAUACAAA